UAUUAGUAGUCAGUAGUCAGUCGGCGUACUCUUUGUUUCCGUCUCUCCCCAGUCCCCGGAGAAGUAGAAAGAGGAGAAGAUGCAGUAUAGUAAGAACGAACCCUGCAGAAACUUUCAGCGUGGCCACUGUCGAUAUGGUGAAGCGUGUAGAUAUCUUCACGGGAUUCAGCAACACCCAAAAUCUAAUGUCUUUGGAGGCUCAAAUCAACAGCAAAAGCCAAGUCCGUUUGGAUUUGAGACUCAAACUAGCUCACAACCACAGCAGAAGCCCAAUCCUUUUGGUUUUGGUGUUCAGAACAGCUCUGCUUCAAAACGGGCCACAGAUUUUGGAUCAAAACAGAACCAAUCUAAGCCUUUUCAAAACACAUGGACUCGUUCCACCUCCACACCUACUGCUGGUGCUUCACGACAAUCUGAUAAUCAGACUCAAGCUGCAAAUCAUAAAUGCACAGACCCUGAGACUUGCAGACGCCAAAUUGCUGAAGAUUUUGAGCAUGAAAGACCACUUUGGAAGCUUACGUGCUAUGCUCAUUCUAGAAAUGGACCUUGUGAAAUUGUUGGUGAUAUUAGCCAUGAAGAAUUGCGGGCAGCAGCAUAUGAUGAUGCUAGACGUGGGUUGAGCUUUCAGUCUAUAGUUGAGAGAGAGAGGAAUUUACUCAGCUCCAAGUUGGUUGAGUUUGAUAAUCUCCUCCAUAAGCCAUAUGCAGUUCCACCAAACUCAACUCUUGCUAGCCAAAUCCCAUUUUCUUUGGCCAAACCAAAUGCAUUACCACUGACUGCCAAAAAUGGUGACCCUCCUUCAGUCUCGAGCUUUAGUCAGCUAAGUGCAUCACAAAAUAUGGGUUUUGGAAUAAGGCCCUCUACACCUUCAAACAAUGCAUUUGGGAAACUAAGUGCUAACCCAAAUUCUAGCCAGACAUCAAGUGCAUUUGGAGCCAACAAUUUUCCAUUUAGAAGUGAAGGUUUGUUUAGCACCCAAAUUCCUUCUCAGACAUUUGGAAAUUCCUUUACGUCCAGCAUUGCAGGCUUCAGCAACAGUGGUAGCAUAAAUGCUGGAAGUAACUCAUUUUCUCCUCCAGCAGCACCUGCACAAAUUUCCAGUUCAACUAGUAACCACUUGCCCAUCCUUCCAAAUGGGCAUAACUUUAGUGCAGGUGGACCAGCAAGCACAGAUGUUCAGUUGGUGAAUAAUUUGCAAACGGAGAAUGUUUCUGGGGACUUGAAUAUUUGGUUAAAAGAGAAAUGGAAUCCUGGUGAGAUUCCAGAAGCAGCCCCCCCAGAUGCAUUUGUAUAGGAAGGAUACUUGUGGGACUAGAGGCAGAAGGUUUUAGUUGUGUAUAAGCCAUACGAGCACAAAAUAUAUUGACAUCAGUUACAAGAUAAAUGCGCAUCUUUAGCGAUGGAGGAGCACAAAGACUGGAUCAGCCUCCCCCGGCUUGCCAAGAAGAGUUAACACAUCUGUAGUCAGUCAAGUAGCAAAUUAGUGAUUCUGGGACCCUUUCUUGUGUGAGUCAAGUUUGGAUUCAGGAAUUUAUAAGCAUCCUUAGCAAUGGAAUUUGUGAAUAGCUGAACCAACUUCUCAUUGAACAUCUUUGCAAUUCCGUGAAAUUCGAAGUAAUUUGUGAAACUUUCCCUUGUU